AUGUAUUUAUCGUCUAUCAGUUCCCGCUUGCUUCUAUAUGACACCAACAGUUGGGAUUUAAAAAAGUCUUACGGCUGUUACGAUGGGAUACUAAGGGACAUAUCUUGGAGCGACGACAGUAAAUAUAUUUUACAGGUUAACUCCAAAGGUCUGGUUGAUGUAUUGAGUCCUGCAGAUCAUGAAGUUCGAAGCUUACAGCAAAUUCCAUUAAAGGAUACAUGGUCAGCUAGUUUUCAACGUGAUGGUCAUCGUAAUAUUGCUGUGGGAACAAAAAGCGGUAAUGUUAUGAUAUGGGACACCAAGAAUAAAACUAUAACCAAAACAUUUCCAACACCUUCACUGCCUUCUUGUGUUAACUUCGUCAGUUAUAACGCUAAAAACACAAGCUUAGCCGCUACUAUGUUAAAUGGCGAUACAAUAAUUUACGGCCUUGUAUCUAAUAUUCCCGUAAUGACGGUAAAACUUUCUUGCUCUAAAAGCAUUUCCGCUAUGAAAUUCCACCAUGAUUCUAGAUCUUUGCUAGGACUUGCUACUGAUGAAGGACAUGUAGUACUUAGAGAUAUCACUACAAACAAGGACAAAAACUAUUUUGAAAACAUUCACGCAUCACCUGUAAGUGACAUUGCAUUUUCUCUAAUAAAUAAGGAUGUAUUACUAUCAAGUGGUUAUGAUAAAAUCAUGCAUGUGUAUGAUAUAAGAUUGCAAAAUGUAGUUUCUACUACAAGAACAUCAUAUACACUGACUUCACUAGCAAUCAAUCUGGAAAACCAAGUUGCACUCGGCACAAAAAAAGGCUAUAUCCUAGUUUAUGAUCUUCGUGAUUUAACAAAUCCAUUUAAAGUAUUACGAGAUCAUGAAACAGAGGUGUGUAAAGUUGCAUUUCAACCACUUAGAAAGAAAACCUUUUCAGCAGAUGUGAGUCUUAGAGAGGAUGUUGAAGCAAACUCACCUCUUAAAAUACAGUCUCCAGUGAGAACAAGGACAUCUGACUUGUUUUUCAUAAGUGAUACACCACCAAAGAAUAAUUUAGAUGUAUCUGGACAAGUAGUGGAUAAUAAAGUUGAUUCAUUCCUUGUUAUGAUGGGUCUUGAUAAAUCAAAUGUUGAUUUUGAUGAUGAUGCUAACAAAUCAUCUGAAUAUGAGAAGAAUAGUGAUAAACAUGAAAUGAGAUAUCAUCAGUUGGAUGCUGAAAAGAACAUAAACAAAAUAUCUACACCAAUUACUAGUAGGACUGCUGACAACUUGGGUUUCCCUUCACCUUUACUUAUUCCAAAUGGUGCAAUGGAAGACUGUAGGAACUCAUGUAACAAUAUUAUGUCUAAUAUUAAACCGCCAAAUAUUAAUGCUCAGGAAGUUAGCUUAGAUUCGAAAACAAUUUGA